AUGGGCCUUUGCGGGUCUGUGCCGGAGGCAAUGCAGGUCUUCUUCAGGAACACCGUUGGCCUCCUGUUUAGUUUUCUGCUGGGCUACACCUCGUCAUUCCUGCUGGUGCGGCAGGAGAAGUUCUACGAAGCGAUGUACGAAGAGUCUUCGGUGCUGACUCAGCUUCUCGAGGAGGCACCGUUGCUUUUGAAUCCUCCAGAGCUGCAGACUUUCGUGAGGCUAAUGAAGCUCUACCUGGCUUCGAGCACUUGGCGGAAUGCGAGCUUCAUCCCCUCAGAGCUUGUGGCACGGGCUCUUCGUUCCGACAAGGAUCCUGUGGAGGAGAUGACGAGACUCCUUCUGACCAUACCCGGUGCAGGUGCGCAGCGCCUGCUUUCCUUCAUGACCAGCCUGCGAUCUGCCAGAUCCCGGAAGUAUUCGUCCAUGCAGCGCAUCAUCCCCACGACCCAGUUCGGUGUGCUCGUCCUGUUGGCCUUGUUGAUCACGCUCUCGCCUUUCCUGGACGGCAAGAGUGACAGCUCCGUGCUUGCUCAAUGCCUCUAUGGAGUAUUGGUUGAGAUUCUCAUAUUCGUCAUCGUCUAUGUCGGCGGCGGGCCAGGCCUGGGCAUCUACACCACCGACAAGGAGCGUGCCACCAUCCUGGAUGCCCUUAUGCAGCUGAUUGACAAAAUCGACGCCAACGCUCGAGAAAGCACCGAAGCAGAUGAGUCGAACAUGGUCGAGAAGAGGCAGAAGUCGGUUGUGGGCACGAAGUGA